AUGUCUGCAAAUCCAGGCCAAAAGUCUGGCCGCACUGGAUUACGCCAUUCUCAUCAGAUAAAAGAAAACAAUGAUCGCGCCAAAAAGGGCUGCGGCCAUGUGCAGCUUAUUCGCUGCACCAGCUGUGCCAGAUGCGUGCCCAAGGACAAGGCCAUUAAGAAUUUCAUUAUUGGAAACAUAGUAGAAGCCGCAGCCGUCAGGGAUAUUUUGGAAGCAAGCGUUUUCAACGCCUAUGUGCUUCCCAAGCUGUGUGUAAAACUACAUUACUGCGCGAGCUAUGCCAUUCACAGCAAGGUAGUCAGGGAUCGUUCUCGUGAAGCCCGGAGGGACCGAAUAUCUCCGCCCAGAUUUAGACCUGCAGGUGCUGCCCCACGACCUCCACCAAAGCCCAUGUAAGGAACUCAGUCCUUAAUGACUGAAGAAAUAUUGUUCUCUGGAAAAGAAAAAACUCAAUAAAAUGGAAAUUAUACUUAAAA